AUGCCGUUCAGUUGUGACACGUUAGAAAUCAAGAAAACUUUAGAGCUAUCGCGUCGUGCAACUAGGGCACAGGUGAGAGGCCAUGAAAAAUACAGACACGCGAGCUUAAAGAAUCUCUAUAGGGGGGCCGGAGAAGAUGAAUACACGGCACAAUUAUAUGUAGAGAAGGCCAUGCAUUGUACGUCAAAUAGUGGACCCCAACCCAGUAAGACUGUAAAUGACUGA